AUGACCAAGAUCGAAAUCAACGCACCCAACGGCACCAAGCUUAGCCUUCCUGAUGGCCUCUUCAUCGGCGGAGAGUGGAAGACGCCCAGAGGCGGCGAGCAGAGCCGUAUCCCCGUCGUGUACCCCGCGACAGGCGAGAAGAUCUGCGACGUCGCUGUCGGGUCGAGCGCAGAUGUCGACGAUGCCGUGCAAGCUGCUGAGGCUGCCUUGGCAAAGGACUGGGGACUAAAGAGUACGCCUGCUAAGCGUGGCGAAUUGAUGAGCAAGUGGGCCGACCUCAUCGAAAAGAAUGCUAAGGAACUCUCGAUACUCGAAGCUAUCGAUAAUGGCAAGCCGCGCUGGAUGGCCGAGCAGAUCGACCUAGCAGACUCUGUUGCAUGCUUGCGCUUCUAUGCCGGCCUGGCUGACAAGGUCGAGGGCAAGACGAUGGAGCUCGAUGUGACUACCAAGUUUGCUCACACGCGCGUUGAGCCUAUUGGCGUGUGUGGGGCGAUCAUUCCGUGGAACUACCCGGUUCAGAUGGCAUGCUGGAAGCUGGGCCCUGCUCUCGCGGCAGGCAACUGCCUUAUCCUCAAGCCCGCCGAGCAGACUCCUCUCUCUGCCCUGCGCUUGGCCGAGCUGGCUCAAGAGGCCGGCUACCCCGCUGGGGCUCUGCAAGUCAUCAAUGGCCUGGGCAGCGAGGUCGGCGCGGCGAUUGCGAGCCACAAGCGUAUUCGCAAAGUCGCCUUCACUGGGUCUACGGUGACUGGGCGCAAGAUUAUGGCUAUGGCUGCGUCGAGCAACCUCAAGAAGGUCACGCUCGAGCUCGGGGGCAAGUCCCCCGUCCUCGUCUUCGACGACGUCGACGUCGAAUUUGCCGUACCCUGGGUGGCCAUGGCCAUCCUCUUCAACAUGGGCCAAGACUGCUGCGCAGGCUCGCGCCUCUACAUCCAGCGCGGCGUUCACGAUGCCUUCGUGGCUAAGCUUACUGAAGCAUUCAAGGCUGUCAAGAUCGGCGAUCCCUUCGACGACACUACGUCGCACGGCGCGCAGGUGAGCGAAGAGCAAUACCGCAAGAUCCUCGCCUACAUCGCCCACGGCAAGGACGAGGGAGCUACGCUCGUCUGCGGAGGCGCCGACUCCAGCUCCAUCCAGGGAGUGCCCAAGAGCGGCUACUGGGUGGAACCCACGAUCUUCACGCACGCGCGCAAAGGUAUGCGAAUCGUAGACGAGGAAAUUUUCGGUCCCGUGCUCGCUGUGAUCCCAUUUGAUACAGAGGAGGAGGCCAUCGCUAUGGCAAAUGACAGCGAAUAUGGAUUAGGCGCUGGCGUCUUCUCCGAGAAUGGGGCUCGCUGCCUGCGCGUGUCGAGCGCAAUUCAGGCAGGUACGGUCUUUAUCAACAACUAUGCCCUGCUUUCGAACGCCGUACCUUUUGGCGGGUACAAGCAGAGCGGGCAUGGGAGGGAGCUGGGCGUUGAUGCUGUCAAGGAGUGGACGGAGGUCAAGGCCGUGCAUUGGAAUAUUGGAGAGAAGCUCGAGUGGCCGCUGAGAGCGGCGUGAUGGCACGGCGCCGUGC